AGCUGAUGUCAUGCAUCAAUAAGCAGACUGACAGCGUGGAAAAACGUUAGAAUGUUUAUAAAUUGAUAAAAAUUAAAAUUAUUUCGAAUUUAAAAAUUAGUAUAGUGUGAUGGCUCUUGAAGACGAAAGUAGUGACUUUCUGCAUUCAUUUGCAUCAGACGAAAUCUUAUCGGAUUUCUUGCAAGACGACUUUGAGGUGCAGGAAUAUGCAACACAAGUUAUCCAGAAUGCAGCAAUAUCACAAAGGUUGGCCCAGCUUAUGGAUGGGAUCAGUAUAUUGGAUAAACAACUUCAAUCACAGAUUGCAUCACGACACGAAGAUCUCUUAGCACAAGCGACAGGUAUUGAAUCUUUAGAAGGAAUUCUCACUAUGAUGCAAACGAGGAUCAAUUCAUUGCAAGCUGUUGUAGAUAGAAUUCGUAACAAAGUGGGGGAACCUUACCAGAAAAUACAAUCACGAACCAUACAGCUGGGAAGGUUACAGGCCACCUGCGAUCUUUUAAGAAGAAUUAUUCGAAUCCAAAGACUCAGUAAACGUCUCCACACACAACUAAAUGGUGGAAUAAGAGAGAUAACUAAAGCUGCUCAAAGUCUAAGUGAAUUGGACUAUCUUUCUCAAGGCGUCGAUCUAAGCGGGAUAGAAGUGAUUGAAGAAGACAGAAACUUUAUUCGGCGGGCCAAAGAAGAAGUAGACGGCCAAGCGCGUCGUUUAUUGGAACAGGGCAAUUCUACACUGAAUCAGACGCACACCGCUACCGCUCUACAGGUGUAUUACAACCUAGGUUUGUUACGAAGCCCGAUAGAAACCGCAUGCACCGACGCAAUGACAAACAUGAAACGUAACAUCUCUGAAGCACUGGAUGUAAAUAUCCUAUCUCAGGCGUCAGUGAACCAGAUGUCUAACAAAGGGCCGGGCAAAGCAACCGGUAGCAUCCCAACACCUGGUAAUUCUGCUCAGUUUCGACUCCGACUGUGGAAUAAUAUUGAGAUGCUUAUGGACCAGAUAUCGGCCGCGUGUCUGCAGAUGAUCCACCUACAGAAAGUUUUAUCAAAAAAACGCGAUCCAGUGACGCAUUUAAAAUUCACUGACGAACUUGUAAAGGGCGGAGGUGACGUUCACUUUGUGAAAAAGUUCUGGGAAUUUCUGGUUCAGAAUUUAAAGAAAGAGUUGUCUGCUUCCGCUCAAGCCUCCAAUUACGUCACACAGGCGUUUGAGGGGGAAUAUCCGAAACUGCUACGAUUGGUGAACGAAUUGUGGGGAAAAGUUAGCAGUUAUAAGAUGAUAAUAGAGGGCGUCAGUGAUGCUCCGAGCGAUAAGUUCACAACGUUUCAAGCUAAUUCGUCAGCGCACCUAAAAGACGACGGGAACUCGUACGAUGCUGAGUCGGAACUGAGAUCUUGCUUGCUUAACUUCGAGCGAGCUUAUUUACAGCGAUCGCUUUCACGUCUAUUCGACCCCAUUAACUUAGUUUUUCCAACCGGUGGACGAACCCCUCCUUCAACCGACGAAAUCGGCUCCAUCAUUAAUGCAAUGUCAAGUGAAUUGAACGUUGUCAGUGUGGAUCGCGACCUGGGGUGCGCUGUGGCCAAGAACGUGGCUAAAACUGUCCAACUGUUUGCUGUGAAAUCUGAACAGCUGAUACAAACACAAGGUGACGCGAGUCAAGUAAUAGGACCACCAACUUCGGCACAAAACCGAAAUAUUUCGGUGGUCAAUUCACUUUAUGAACUGCAAAGAUCCCUCUUAAAACUUCUAUCCGAGCAACGCGGGCUUACAGUUGAAGCGUUAGAAACUGUACGAGCUUCCACGGAAUGUUUAUCGUUGCUUAUGGCGGGCGCUGUACAACCUCUGGUGUCAUCAGUUGCCGAUGCGGUUGAAGCCAUCGUAUUAACAAUGCAUAAUGAAGAUUUUGACACUGAUGCGGACUCGGUUUCGGGGAAUACCCUCUGCUCGCUGUACGUCAAAGAACUCCGUGAUUUCUUGUCCAGAGUUGUUAAAGACCAUUUCAGUCAAUUCGACUUUAAAGAUUUUGUCAUGGAGAGCCUUCUUCCCCUUGGUCAUCGUUCGAUCGAUCUGUUUGUUCGUCAUGCGAGUCUUCUCUCUCCUAUGAGCGAAGGAGGGAAAAUGAAACUGGCCGCAGAUUUCGCCCAGAUGGAGUUGGCUAUAUCACCUUUAUGCAAGCGGGUAACAGACCUCGGGUCUUCGUACAGAUUGCUUCGUGCGUUCAGACCCUUGCUGUUUCAAAACGAUGUCGUCAUCGGGGAUUCCCCAUCCAUAGGUGACGUCAUCCCUUAUAGCACAGCUUUGCAUUUUCUUUUCUCUCGAGCGCCACCUGACGUGAGGCCGCCAUACCAGGUAAUGGAAUGGUCAAUAAGCAGAUACAGUAGGUGGCUGGACGAACAUCAGAGCCAACGUGAGCGACUUAAUAUGCUCAGGGGGGCGCUAGAGAACUAUGUAAACUCUGUGCGCGCAAAACAGGGGACAGAGUUUGCGGACAUUUAUCCUCAGAUGGUAAAACUACUGCAGAAGGGAAUGGAAAAACAUUCAGUAACUCAGUAGAUGGUGAUUUCUUUUGCGAAGAAUGUCCUUGCUUGUGUGAUGAUUCAACAAAUGUAUCGUGGGGACGCAACACCUUUAACACAUAUUAUCCAAAUAUCCUAAUCGUAUUUUAAACAAUUAACAACGGUCUAUAGGAGUCGUGAGGAUACGGUUUCAUAUUUUUUCGGACUUUCUUUGUUUACUACCAAUUGGGACGAGAAAACAGAAUGAAAAGGUGUCUCCACAUCUUCCCCUAACCUAUAUAUGUGAAGAUCAUUUGCAACAGUAUGGUUCAUAGCAGACACGCCUAAUUAUGCAGCGGUAUUCGUGAUACGUUGUUGCUGUUGUCUUAAAGUUACAAACAUGAAACCAAGAUAUUUGAAAUUCUCGGCUGAUAUAUUCCGGUACACUUUUCGCUUAUUACUGUUGCCACACUUACAAGUGAUACUGCAUGCAUAAGCAUUGUAAAUAAUAUAUAGUGGAGUGGGGGAAGAUGGGACACAUUUAACACAUAAUAUCCAAAUAACCUGAUCGUGUUUUAAACAAUUAACAACGGUCUGUGGAUGUCAUGAGGAUAAGGUCCUAUAAUUCAUUGAAUGUUCUUUGUUUACUGCCAAAUGGAAAGUAAAAACUAAACGAAAGGGUGUCCCAACUUUCCCCACCCUACUAUGUUUGCAUAAUCACCACAUGCAUGUUACCGUGGUGGUCUCGCAACAAAUCUGCUUAUAUACUUGGCCGAUUCUUUCCUAUUAUACAACUUUAAAAUAUAUAUCAAGAAAAUGGACGAAACAU